CUCCGGCAAGGGCGGAUUGGUUAGGGAGCAAGGCAAGAGGCGGGUUCCUGCCGUUUGAUGUCGGGUGGCAGAAAGGAUCAAUGGAGUGUCCGCUCGCAUCACCCUCUCACCGGCUCGCCUUCCAUCGCUACCCCGAACCCGCCCGCGGGGAGAUGCACUGAAGCCCGUGCUCGGGCGCCUGGGAUGGCGAGCGCUUUCGCCGGCGUCAGCCUGGUGAAAUGAGUCCGUGCAGGCAAUGGGCGUUUGGGGGGUUGUGCAGACUUUUCUCUGCCUCUCGAUGUUGCUGCACAGAGCAUUUACGUAACCCGCAGCCUCUCCCCCAACCUCCUCUGUUCCUACUACUGCUGCUGGCAAGCCCGAGCCGGGUGUGUUUUGUGUUACACUAGUGAAGCCGGUGACGAUUUGAAUGCCUGCUUCGCUCAGGGAGAAUCAUGCAUUUGGUGAUUUGGGCAGAAGGGCUCCUGUGUCAACUGCUUAUAUUUCUAACCCCUUCUCGGGAAUUGCGUUUACAUCCGAAACAAGAAAACUUAAUAAAACAGCUAAGAUCUUAUGAAAUAAUUACGCCGACACGGGUGAACGAUUUCGGAGAGGUGUUUCCUCGUGCUCUUCACUUCAGGAGGAGGAAGCGGAGCUCUGGGCUGGAACCGUGGGCUACGAGAGCUCACUAUCAGAUCAGCGCCUUCGGACACCUCUACCAUCUCAAUCUCAGCGCCAACUCUGACUUCAUCGCGCCCUCCUACACAGUCAGUCACCUUGGCAGCCGCUGGCCCGGAGAGCCGCACUCUGACUUGAAGCACUGUUUUUAUGCCGGACAUGUCAAUUCUCAGACAGAGCACACAGCGGUCGUCAGCCUCUGUACCGGGCUUAUGGGUACUUUUAAGACUCGUGAUGGCCAAUAUUUUUUGGAACCUCUGAUGAAACCAGAUGGAGGCCAAUUCAAAGAUGAGCACAAUAAACCCCACCUUAUUUACCAGCAUGAACCACUGAAUACCAACCCUUUGAGGAAGAGGAAUGACCCUUCUCAUCCUUGUGCACCUUUAGAUCAGAAUCAUAAAACAAGGAAAAACCAUCUCAAGAUGCGCAGUACUGGCAGUAUUAAAGAACACUUCACUAACUUGCAAGAUGCAGUUCAACUGAUGCGACUUUCACCCACGGAUCCAGGACUGAGCAAUGAAACACAGCGGCAUACAAGGCAAAAGCGCUUCUUGUCCUAUCCAAGAUUUGUGGAGGUGAUGGUAACAGCUGACAGCAAGAUGGUCUACCAUCAUGGGAGAAACUUGCAGCACUAUAUUUUAACGCUUAUGUCAAUAGUGGCUACAAUCUACCGAGAUUCAAGUGUUGGAAACCUCAUCAACAUUAUUGUGGUGAAGUUAGUUGUGAUUCACAAUGAAUAUGAAGGCCCGUCCAUUAGUUUUAAUGCAGCUACAACUCUUCAUAACUUCUGUGUGUGGCAGCAGACUCAGAACACUGUAGACGAUGCACACCCAUCUCAUCAUGACACCGCCGUCCUAAUCACCAGGGAAGACAUUUGUAGAGCUAGAAACAAGUGUGAUACUUUGGGAUUAGCAGAACUUGGUACAAUGUGUGAUCCAUAUCGCAGCUGCUCCAUCAGUGAGGAGAAUGGACUGAGUGCUGCUUUUACAAUAGCACACGAGCUUGGGCACGUCUUCAACAUGCCUCAUGAUGACAGCUUCAAGUGUAAAGAGGCUGGAGUGAAACCUCAAUAUCACGUUAUGGCUCCAACCUUGAACUACCACACCAACCCAUGGACCUGGUCAAAGUGCAGCCGCAAGUACAUCACCGAAUUUCUCGAGUAUGUUUACUUCAGCACUGGUUAUGGAGAAUGCCUUCUUGAUGAACCUGUGGUGAGGAACUAUGACCUAUCAGCCCAGUUACCUGGUCAAAUCUACAACGCAAACAAGCAAUGUGAACUUAUGUUUGGAUCAGGAUCACAAGUUUGUCCCUACAUGAAACAAUGCAAGCGUCUGUGGUGUACAAGUGCGGAAGGAGUGCACAGGGGCUGUCGUACACAACACAUGCCUCUGGCUGACGGGACUGAAUGUGGCCAUGGGAUGCACUGUCGGCAUGGACUCUGUGUGAACAAGGAGUUGGCAGCGAGGCCUGUCGAUGGAGAAUGGGGACCAUGGGGACCAUAUGGAGAGUGCUCCAGGCCAUGCGGUGGAGGGAUCAGAAGCGCAGCGCGAGACUGUAACAAGCCAGAGCCGAGGAAUGGUGGGAAGUAUUGUGUGGGCCGUAGAAUGAAGUUCCGAUCCUGUAACACCGAGCCCUGUGCAAAGGGAAGAAAGGAUUUCAGGGAAGAACAGUGCUCCGAGUUUGAUGGAAAGCAUUUUAACAUCAAUGGUUUACCGGCAAACGUGCGCUGGCUUCCAAAGUAUAGCGGCAUUCUGAUGAAAGAUCGCUGCAAGCUUUUCUGCCGGGUGUCUGGGACGACAGCGUAUUAUCAGCUCAAGGAUCGUGUCACUGAUGGUACUCCAUGCGGACCUGACACAAAUGAUAUCUGUGUACAAGGCCUGUGCAGACAAGCGGGAUGUGACCAUGUGUUGAACUCCAAAGCUAGGCGGGACAAGUGUGGAGUAUGUGGAGGAGAUAAUUCCUCCUGUCGGACUCUGGCUGGUACAUUUAACAAUGCACAAUAUGGGUAUAAUAUUGUUGUCCGAAUACCCUCAGGAGCAACAAAUAUUGAUGUACGGCAACACAGUUAUUCAGGGAAGCCAGAGGAUGACAAUUAUCUUGCUUUAUCUGACAGUCAAGGUAAUUUCGUCCUGAACGGAAACUUUGUGGUGAGCAUGUUUAAAAGAGAAGUAGGUGUACAGGGAGCCACAAUUGAAUAUAGUGGCUCAGACAGUGAUGUGGAACGUAUUAACUGCACUGGCCGAAUUGAAGAAGAGCUAAUCUUGCAGGUUUUAUCCGUUGGAAAUUUGUACAACCCUGAUGUGCGUUACUCUUUUAACAUACCAAUAGAAGACCAACUGGAAUUGUUUGCUUGGGAUCCAUAUGGUUCAUGGCAAGAGUGCAAUAGACCAUGCCAAGGGGAGCGGAGGAGGAAGGUUGUCUGUGUGCGAAAAGGCGAUCAUUUGGUUGUUUCUGACCAAAGAUGUGAGCAUUUAUCUCGACCAACAGCAGAGAAUGAGCUGUGCAACGUGGACUGUGAAUUAAGGUGGCACACAGAAGGGAAAAGUGAAUGUACUGCACAGUGUGGACCAGGACACAGAACACAGGAUAUUCACUGCAUGAGGUACACGCAUGGGAAAGUACCAAGAGUGCCCAUGGACGACAGAUACUGUGCCAAUCAACCGAAACCUCCCAGUCGGGAGCCAUGCCAUGGUGACUGUCUCAGGUCCAGUUGGCAUUAUACAUCAUGGUCACAGUGCUCAAAGAGCUGUGGGGGUGGAACAAAGGCACGGGAAGCAUAUUGCAUGAACAACCUCGGCAGACGCCUCGUGGACCGGGAGUGCAACGAACAUCAAAACGUUGUAUCACAGGGAUGCAGCGAAUUUCCCUGCCCUGAAUGGACAGCUAGUCAAUGGAGUGAAUGCCUCGUGACAUGUGGGAAGGGUACAAGACAUCGGCAGGUUUCAUGUCUGUUGAAUAAUGAACACCUGAGGGAUGAGUUUUGCGACCCUACUACAAAGCCUGAGCCGAUGGGGACCUGUGAGCUCCAAGAGUGUGCCUCAUGGCAGGUUGGAGCAUGGGGGCAGUGUGCUGUUACUUGCGGCCGUGGAUAUCAGAUGCGAGCAGUGAGGUGUGUGGUCGGUAUGUUCACUGCAGUAAUAGAUGACCGACAGUGCAAUGCUGUAACUCGCCCAAGAGAUAACCAGGAUUGUGAGAUGCCUCCCUGCUUAGAACCUCCCAAGAUGGUCCCAACUCCAAGUCCAGCAACACAGAGAGGGACAUUGACUCAGUGGAGAUUUGGAUCCUGGACUCCCUGCUCGGUCACCUGUGGGGAAGGAACGCAAGCUCGCUACGUCAGCUGCAGGGAUGCUCAGGGUGGUGUGGCCGAUGCACUGUUCUGUGCUCACUUACCCCGACCUCCGGAAACGUCAAUGUGCUAUAGUCCCUGUGGCCAGUGGCAUGCUGGAGAAUGGUCGCCUUGCUCUGUCAGCUGUGGUCCCGGAGUAGCGACCCGCCAAGUGGUCUGCAUCACCUAUCACCACCAGCUCACGGUCGAGAGCAAUUGCGAUGUCACAGAGAGACCACCUGAGGAGCAAGAGUGUCGUGCACCCCCCUGCCCCCCCGACCUGUAUCCCCCAGUUGACUACCCUGCACACGUCCCGCACCAUGACCAUCCACUGCCACAUGCUGACUUUCCCUCCCAAGAUGUGGUCAGCCAGAACAUACAGAGCAAUCCAUCGGGGGCAAGUCAAUGGAGGACAGGACCAUGGGGAGCAUGCUCAAGCAGUUGUACUGGUGGAUUUCAGAGUCGAGUGGUCGUCUGUCAGGAUGUGGAAGGGCGGACAGUCAACUCCUGUGAAGAGCGAAUGAAGCCUAUGGAAACGAAGCACUGUGAUUCCGGUGCAUGCCCACAUUGGAACUAUGGCAACUGGGGCGAGUGUACUCAACCAUGUGAUGGUGGAACUUGGACAAGACUGGUCAUCUGUCAGCUGCCCCAAGGCCAACGCCUGAGUGACCAAAUCUGUGACAUCUUGGAGAAGCCUCCUGACAGAGAACAGUGCAACAUGCAACCUUGCCCUGGCAGUGUCUCAUGGCAUCGAGGACCAUGGAAUUUGUGUUCCGUGUCCUGUGGGAAGGGCACCAAGCAUCGGAGAGUCGACUGUGUUGAUGGAGAGCAGGCUGCUGUGGACCACAAGUACUGUCAGCACUUGAGGAAGCCGCGGCUUUACAAACGGUGCCGAGCGGGCCGUUGCCCCACCUGGAGGAGCACUCCAUGGACACAGUGCUCAGUAACGUGUGGAGACGGACAUCAGCAGAGGGAUAUCUUCUGCAGGCUGAAGGGUGUCGGUCGGGUAAUUGAAGAGACGUGCGAUCCAUUCUCUCGGCCGGCCAGCACUCAGCAAUGCCGGCUGCCUGGCUGUCUACGACAUGAAUGGCUUGCAGAUGAAUGGCAAGACUGCUCCACGUCGUGUGGUAAAGGUGUGAAGAUGCGCAGUGUGUGGUGUGUUAAUCACAUCCAGGAACAGGCAGAAGAUCAUCACUGUAACCCAUUAUCCAAGCCUCCUGCUGUGCACAGCUGUUUCACUGCACCUUGCCAGCACAUUUGGAUUGCAGGGGAAUGGUCACAGUGUUCAGCAAGUUGUGGCCCAGGAUAUCAACAACGGAUAGUAUACUGCAGCGAGGUCCACGUUGGCCAAGACCUUUAUUCAUAUGACCUGCCGUCAUCCACAAAGAACAGCUGUCCACAGCCACCACCAGCCAGCGUUCACUGGUGCAAUGUGCAGAAAUGUCCUCCAUCAGCUAGCUGGAGAAUGGGAGCCUGGAGCAAGUGCUCAGUGACUUGUGGAAGUGGUAUAAUGCAGAGGAAAGUGCAAUGCCUGACUGAUGACAGUCUGCCCAGUCAACUGUGCCAACUCAGCCAGAAGCCACCGCCUCACACUCGUUGCUUCAAUGAUAUUUGUGAUGCUUCAGCAAGUUGCAGUGAAAUUCAGAAGACAAAAGAAGUGCGAAAGGAUGGAGAGUACCUGCUAAAGAUUCAAGGCAAAGUAAUAAAGAUAUAUUGUGCAGGAAUGUAUUCCGAUAAUCCUCGGGAAUAUGUAACCUUAUCCAGUGGAGAGGCAGACAACUACUCUGAAGUCUAUGGAUACAGGUUGCGAAAUCCUUAUGAAUGUCCUUAUAAUGGAAACAGAAGAAAGGACUGUUCCUGUAACAAUGACUACCUGGCAGCAGGGUACACAGUGUUUCACAGAAUACGGGUUAAUAUCAGCUCAUUGCAGAUCAUAAUUACAGACCUGUACUUUGCUCAGACGGUGCGUGGAAGAGCAGUGCCAUUUGCCACAGCCGGAGACUGUUACAGUGCAUCCAGGUGUCCUCAGGGACAAUUUAGUAUUAACUUAAGUGGGACAGGGCUGAAGAUAGCAGAAGCUUCGAAAUGGAUUGCACAGGGAAACUAUGCCACGGUCAAUGUACAAAGGUCACAGGACGGGACGAAGGUCUAUGGAAAGUGUGGAGGUUACUGCGGGAAAUGUGUCCCCCAAAGCAGCACUGGCCUCCUCCUGAAAGUGCAGUAAAAGCCUGGGUGUGGAGUGAAGAUGCAGCUACUGACCGAAUGAAAAGAUCACCCAGCGGAACGCAGACUGAUGGAUGAUGAUGAGAGGACCAACCCAAUUUUCAGCAUUCUCUACCAAUGCCAGGGUGCAAGAGCGUUCUAUUACAAGCUUGGAGAGAAUUUGCUCAUCAGCCUGUAGCUAAAGCAAUCUCCUUUCUUCCGGCCAUCGUGAGCUGUGGGUUGGGACAGGAAGAACAUGAUUGGAUAAUUAGUUGCACCAAAUUUAGCCUAAGCUUGUUCCAAUUCAUGUCACGUUGCCAAUCAUUCCCAUUAAGUUCACUUUGAAACCAUGGCACGAGCAGAAACAAUGGAUCAUUGAACACAUCUGGACUGUUCCUCUGUUAAUCAAGACCCAUACUCAUACACUCAAAUUACUGUCUAUCACACAGGCUGGCUGCACUCCGCACAAGACUCAUCGAACCCCUCGCUCUUCAUCUACCCCCUCAGCAUUAGUUUAUUUAGUUUAGUUUAGCGAUACAGCGCAGAAACGGGCCCCUUGGCGCAUCGAGUCUGCACCGACCAGCGAUCCCCGCACAUUAACACUAUCCUAC